AAGUUGUCGCGUUUUCGCGCAUCAGAUCAGAUCAGAUCAGACGGCCAGCGGAGGGGGGGGAGUGGGUUUUAUUAGUGCAGGUCAAGACGGAGAGCCGCUUCACCCCGCGCCGCCUUCUCGACGUUUUCUGCUUCCUUCCUUCCUUCCUUCCUUCGACAGGCUCUUCUCAUAGCAUGCCGCUGGUCCACACAAUGCUGAGGGCCUCCCUGAACAAGCAUCUGACGAAAUGGGUUGCAGCCCGAAUGACUCCGCCUUUGAGAAUGUUUGCUGUGGAGUCGGGUGUCCCUGAUCGACCGGCUCCCGACUCGGCAGCACCAGUCGCUCUUCUGCCUCCUGCAGAGCCGGAGGCGAUCUCUUCGGAUGGGUCAGGACAGCGCCUCCGAACUCGGCCGGGCAUUUGCGACAGCAUGAGCCUAAACAUGACUAAGCUUUGCGCCGAUCGACGGCAGCUCGCCAUCCGACUGUCCGAUUUGUAUCGCCAUUGUACUGAGAUGCGACGCCGCGACAGUGAGCGCGGGUCUUUUGGUAAGGAAUUGAACCUGCUGGUGCUUGGGGUCCGAGUCGAAGAGCUCCAAGCCAAACUAAGCGAGUCGGAGCAACGGCGGCUGAGGGCUGAGCAUAGGGCCCGAAGAGAACUGAUGGCUGUAGAAGCGGAGACGGAGAAGGUGGAGUUGAAGUUGGCCAACUACCAAACCGGCGAGGAGGUGGAAUGGGUGAAUCCGAAGAAGUCCUUUAUGGAGUCGGAAGAAUUUGAAAAAUUCGACAUACGAAGUAUGUUGCACAAUGACAUACUCAUGUUAGAGUGGCAAAAGGCGAAACCCUCGCCCUCAGGGCCCCCGCCGCACCCUGCCCAGGGUCAUCACGAGGGAGGUAAAUCACGGUAGCUCGGUGGCAAGUACGCAGUGGGCCGAGACUUUUUUGCACAGGGAUAGGGAAUAAAUCCCCGUUGCCCUGCGGACUCGAACCCAUGUUCUCAGUGGCAAACUUCCACGCCUUUACCAGCCGAGAUAACCCCGUGGGGCGACAUACUCAUGUUAGAGAAAAAAUGGGAGGAGGAUAAUGGACGAAUGGAACUAUAUAAUUUCUCAUAUUUCUAUUAAAUAGUAACAUAUUUAUAAGCUAUUUAAAUAACUCAUGAUAAUCUACUAAUUUCAUAAUUUACCCCACUAACUCCACAAAUAUAAAUACUUUGAAUAUAGACUUUUUCUUUAAAACACUAUUAUCACUCAUUAUCAUCCUCAUGUAAAAUAAAUAAAUUUAUCUCUUGAAAAUGACUUCGUCAAAAAUACCUACCACUUGUUCAUAUGUGUUGUAGUGUUCUAAUAUAAUUUCAUUAUUUAUAACUAAGUUUCAAUGAAAUGUAGAUAAAUAUUAAUAUGUUUAAUCUUUGCAUGAAAAGAUGAAUUUUCUAUUAUCAUAAAAUAAUAGAAGAUCUGUCAAUAAUCUUCUAACCCAAAUUACUUGAAAUGUUGUUAAAAUUGCUGUUACAUAUUAAGACUAUAGUAGCUUGCUUCUUUGAACUCCAUAAAAUUACUCUUGAUCCAAUAUUAAAAACACUAGUUAAGGUGUUCUUUAGAUCAUCCACUAAACCUGUCCAGUCAUUAUCAAUGAAUUCACAGAGAUCAAAUUUUAAAACUUUAGUAUAAUAAAUUCCAUAAUCUAUUAUUCCAACAACAUAGUGUAAAAUCUUUUUAGCGGCACAACGAAACCUACAACUAAGAGGGCUGAGGAAAGAAUUAAGCAAACCUUAGUAACAGUGAAACGGAACUAGGGUUUAUGGGAAUUUAUAAGUGGUGGGGGAGACGAUGGUGAGCUUCAGUGGCAAGUCUCCGACUGUCCAUGGUGAGCUUCAGUGGAGAGAUCCAUUUGUGCAAGCUGUAACUUGUAAGCCCCGUUGGUAAGUGUUGUCUCUAAAGAAAAUUAUUUAAGAUUCAGCUUAAUUAACAAAUGUUGAGGGUGAAGCUGGAAAAAGUUGGAAUCUCCAACUUACCAAAUGAUGUUUAAGCAUUGUUUAAACAAAUCAAAAUUUUCAUUUCUUUAUUAAGCAUUGUUUAAACA